UUUUCCUGAUCUCUACUGGUUGGAAGCCGACAAUAUGGUGAUGCUGGACGGUAACGCUUGGAAGCGAGGGCGGCUCCUCCUCAUGCUGGUGGCAUUAUGUGGACUCAUGCCUCACUGCCAAUCUCAAAGCAAAGGCUUUUCAAAGCAGCGGACCCUCUUUUUGGUUGGCAAAACUGGCUCCGGAAAGAGUGCGUCGGGAAACACCAUCUUGGGGAACUCGUUAUUUAGAGAAGACGCCUCAGCUGAGUCGGUGACGAAAAGUUGUGAGAGACGAGAGCUGCUGAAUGGAGACAGGAACCUUGUGGUGAUCGACUCCCCUGGAGUAUUUGAUACAGAUAAAACACAGAGUGAACUCAAAGAAAACAUUGAGCAGUGUGUCAGACUGUCCGUUCCUGGACCCCACGCUUUUCUGUUAGUGAUCAACUUAAAGUCAAGAUUCACUGCAGAGGAACAGGACACAGUGAAGUGGAUCCAGGAUAACUUUGGCUCUGCUGCUGCUGAUUACACCAUAGUCCUGUUCACUCAUGCCGAUUUGCUGAGAGGUAAAUCUGUUGAGGAUUAUGUGGCAGAAAGCAAACUGCUACAAAGGCUGAUACACCAGUGUGGAGGAAGGUACCACUCGUUCAUCAAUGGCCAGAAUUCAAACAGAAAACAGGUCACAGAACUUUUAGAUAAAAUAGAUCAAAUGGUUAAAUUAAAUGGCGAACGUCAUUACACCAAUAGCAUGUAUUAUAAAGCCCAGAGGGAACUUGAGGAGAAAGAGGAAAGAGCUUGGUGGGAGUAUUAUGAGAAAAGAAGAAAGGCAGAGAAGAUGAAAUGUGAAUCUGAGUGUAAACGAGAUAGACAAAAGGAAAAACAUAAGAAGAAGAAAGAGACAGAUCUGUAUUUUUGGUGUAAAUUAUUAAAAUUAGCUUCCAAAGGAUUGGCUUUAACUAAGUAUGCCUACCUUGUUGUAGCAGGAGAGGUGCUUGGUUUUUUUGUUGAAGACUGUGAACUCCUAAACCUUUUUGCUUAAAGGAAUAGCAAAAUGAACCAACACAUCCAACCAAUGAGAGGACUAACACAAUGAACGAGCUGUUCAGUCAGGAAGCUGGUAGAAGUUGUCUAAUCUACUGAAAAUAAACAACCUUGGACAUAUAUUGUCAAUCCCUCUAUGUAUAUAAGACAGGCUUUGUUUUUUGGUUUACUCCUUAAUUUUUUUAAUUCUUAUUAUUUUGGGCAUAUGAAUUCUGUUUUCAUCCAUGUAACACAGCACUGCUCUUAUUUAUCCUGACAGAACUCAUGCAAAAUGUAUGUUUCUCGGAGGAUACUUUUUUUUUUUUUUACCUCACAGCAAAACAUGUUUAUUGUCACAUCUCUGAUACAAAUUUGGAACAGUCAUUUUACAGUUCCUGACAAAAUCAGGGAGUGUUUUGGUUUAGUGACAGUUUUCAAAUCCCACAUACUGUAACUGCGUGUCCUCCAAAAAAGGAACUAAAAGUAAGUAACAUUUUCUUAAAAUAAGUAUU